GACAAUAGUCACAACUGAAAUUGCAAUUGAGUCAAAACAGAAGAAGAAGAGCAAAAGAUCAAUUCUAUUUUGGGGGCUAAUUUUCACGAUUAGGUUCUGUCAGCUUGAGCCCAGACGUACGUGUCUUAGACCUAGAUUCUACUUAGUUUACUUCAUUUUCUUAGCGUUGCUGAUAUUCACUCAAUUUUGAGCUUACCGGUACACACUUUUCGUAGAACAUCAACACGUAAUUGUUGGAUCUGACCAUUUCUCUGAGAUGAUGGAUACUAUGAUUCCUUGAUUGAUGAAUGCAUUAUUGACCAUGAUGAGUACACAGUGCAGAGUGGACAGGAAAGAACGCCUGGAACAUGUCUCAAAGAAAUGUCUGGAGGAGGAUCAAGAAAAUCAAAGAAACCACACAAGAAAGAUCAUCUGCAGAAGGGGAGCUCUGUGGUUUUGCUGGCUUCAGAUGUGAACGCAACCAGGCCACCAAACUCUUCAACAUCUCAGGCAAUGUGAACACUCCCUGUACCGUGGAGGAAUCCAAGUCUACUCCCCUCAAGUUCUUCAUUGAGAAGCACGCUGGUGGUGUAGAGGGGGGUUGGAAUGACCUCUUAACUGUCAACCCAGGGGGUUCAUCUACUUCUAUGAUCCCUAAAGGAUCAUCUGCAGAAGGGGAGCUCUGUGGUUCGCUGGCUUCAGAUGUGAACGCAACCAGGCCACCUAACUCUUCAACAACUCAGGCAAUGUGAACACUCCCUGUACCGUGGAGGAGUCCAAGUCUACUCCCCUCAAGUUCUUCAUUGAGAAGCACGCUGGUGGUGUAGAGGGGGGUUGGAAUGACCUCUUAUCUGUCAACCCAGGGGGUUCAUCUACUUCUAUGAUCCCUAAAGAAUCAUCUGCAGAAGGGGAGCUCUGUGGUUCGCUGGCUUCAGAUGUGAACGCAACCAGGCCACCAAACUCUUCAACUUCUCAGGCAAUGUGAACACUCCCUGUACCGUGGAGGAGUCCAAGUCUACUCCCCUCAAGUUCUUCAUUGAGAAGCACGCUGGUGGUGUAGAGGGGGGUUGGAAUGACCUCUUAACUGUCAACCCAGGGGGUUCAUCUACUUCUAUGAUCCCUAAAGAAUCAUCUGCAGAAGGGGAGCUCUGUGGUUCGCUGGCUUCAGAUGUGAACGCAACCAGGCCACCAAACUCUUCAACAACUCAGGCAAUGUGAACACUCCCUGUACCGUGGAGGAGUCCAAGUCUACUCCCCUCAAGUUCUUCAUUGAGAAGCACGCUGGUGGUGUAGAGGGGGGUUGGAAUGACCUCUUAACUGUCAACCCAGGGGGUUCAUCUACUUCUAUGAUCCCUAAAGAAUCAUCUGCAGAAGGGGAGCUCUGUGGUUUCGCUGGCUUCAGAUGUGAACGCAACCAGGCCACCAAACUCUUCAACUUCUCAGGCAAUGUGAACACUCCCUGUACCGUGGAGGAGUCCAAGUCUACUCCCCUCAAGUUCUUCAUUGAGAAGCACGCUGGUGGUGUAGAGGGGGGUUGGAAUGACCUCUUAACUGUCAACCCAGGGGGUUCAUCUACUUCUAUGAUCCCUAAAGAAUCAUCUGCAGAAGGGGAGCUCUGUGGUUUCGCUGGCUUCAGAUGUGAACGCAACCAGGCCACCAAACUCUUCAACAUCUCAGGCAAUGUGAACACUCCCUGUACCGUGGAGGAGUCCAAGUCUACUCCCCUCAAGUUCUUCAUUGAGAAGCACGCUGGUGGUGUAGAGGGGGGUUGGAAUGAUUUCUUAACUGUCAACCCAGGGGGUUCAUCUACUUCUAUGAUCCCUAAAGAGUUCCUCAUUUUACAUCUUUGGUAGAUGGAUGGCUCUUUGCACUUUGACCAAUGAGCUUAUCUGUAUUUCAUCCAUCAAGCACCGGUGAUUUGAUAUUAUCUCCAGCAAUGGACAUGAUUGGAAUAAAACAACCUUACACAACUGAUAA